AUGCUAUAUCAUGCCAACGGCCAGAAACCGUUGCAAGAGGAGGCUAACCUGUACGGCGACUGGAAGCUCUUUCAGCCCAAUGGAGGAAUUGCAGUUUUGGAUGUAACAAAUAACCUUACCAUAGAUCUCGGGUACUUCAUCCAAGUGGGUUUCGGCACUCCGGCUCAACGUCGUCCCGUAAUGUUGGACACGUCGUCCCUAAAUACUUUUAUACUUUCAGUUAAUUGCAAUUCGUGUGCUGCCGCCACAGAUGACGAGAAAGGGUAUAAUUCAAGCACGUCAUCCACCCACAAGGACAACGGAACGUUGGUGGAUUUAGACUAUAUUUUCUUGACGUCUUCUGGUCGUGCCUCGCAGGAUUCAAUGGCUCUCGGACAGGUCGAGAUUCAAGACCAGUGGUUCCAGGAAUCUCUGCAGAUGAACUGGCGGGGCGUUUCGUAUGACGACGUAUCCAUCAUUUACGGUAUUCUGGGACUGGGAAACCCACAUGCUAGCGAUGCAGCUAAGGGCUUCACCUCUCUGUUGAAGAAUGCCGCCGUUCAGGGCAUUCUAGAGACCAAUAUCUUUGGAUUGAAGCUUGCCGACCCCGGGCAACUAAUGAUAGGAGACGUGAAUCAACAAUUGUUCCAUAAUCCCAUCACCUGGUUUCCUCUCAGCAACACCUCAACCAAACUUCUCCUGCCUGAGGCCUGGCAGACACACACAGGCGCAGGUGAAGUGAAGAUUGCAUUGCCAAGUGGACAGUACCGUGAAUGGCGACUGGACGGCUACACAGCUUUAUUCACUAGCGCUUGGCCCUAUAUUUACCUUGACCCGGACACUGCAGUCGGCCUGAUGGAAUUACUUGGCUUUGAUUUCGACCAGUUUCUCCUUCCUCCAAAUGUGCCAUGUGCGGAGCGAGUAUAUAUGCCCGAUGUGUCUCUCACAAUCGCCGGGCAUACCUUUACCCUUUCGCCUUACGAUUACACGAUCGAGUGGACGUUUCCCGGAAGCCCGAUGAUUUGCGUCUCGGCUUUCUCCACCACCGACCUAGAAGAGGACUACGAUCCCAAGCAGAUCAUUCUUGGCUCAGCAUUCUUGAGAAAAUAUUACAGCAUUUAUAAUUACGAUUCCAAGGCUGUGGGCUUCGCGUCUCUAGUAUGA